CAAGCUCCCGUGUUUUAGUGUUUACUCCCGUCCCGCGUGUGCGCGUAUCGGCUCAUGGCGUCUACAUGCGGCGGCGGACAUGCUCGCUCUCCUCUGCCGCGUCUGCUCGGUUGCCUUGCCGUCUGCUUGUUCUUCACUGUCUGCCGCGCGCAGCUGCAGCCUCCGUCGCCGCUCGAGGUGAAGAGUUACAGCUACGCCUCGUUCCAGGCCGACGACUCGCGGGACAAGGAUCUGAUACGGCUCAAGGACGCCACCAUCAACGGCGGCGCGCUGCAGCUCACGCCGGACUCCCGAAACGUUCCCAGCUUCCUGGUCAACAAGUCCGGCUCCGUGCUCCUCCGCCAACCCUUCACCCUCUGGCGUCUCGACGACGAUGCGGCCGGACGCAACGGCACCGGUAACAGCACUGGCCAGGCCCAGCGUGCCCGUGUCGUGUCGUUCAACAGCAGCUUCUCCAUCAACGUCUUCUACGAUACGGAGCGUCCCGGCGAGGGCCUCACCUUCCUCAUCGCGCCCUCCCUCGACGGGCCGCCUCCGGGGAGCUACGGCGGCUACCUCGGCCUCACCAACGCGGAGUUGGAAGCCACCCCGGCCAAGAAUCGUUUCGUGGCGAUCGAGUUCGACACGUUCAACCAGAGCUACGACCCUGCCAACGACAACCACGUCGGCCUCGACAUCGGCUCCGUCGUGUCCAACAAGUCGGCGAACCUCGCCGAUUUCAACAUCACGUCGAUCGCGACAACGGCAGCGAACGCCGCCAACUACACCGUCUGGGUCGAGUACGACGGCGUGGUGCGGCACAUCUCGGUUUACAUGGGCGUCAGGGGCAAGCCGAAGCCCGCCUCCCCCGUCCUGGACUCGCCGUUGGACCUCAGCGAGCGUGUCCCUGAGAAGGCGUACCUCGGCUUCUCGGCGUCCACCGGCACCAACUUCGAGCUCAACUGCAUCCUCGACUGGAACCUGUCAAUCGAGAUCAUCCCCAACAAGAAGAGCAAGAUGUGGAUAGUCCUCGUCGCUGUCGUCGUGCCCAUCACCGUCAUCGCAGUCGGCGUUGCUGCCUUCUUCCUGUCACGAAAGUUGCGGGCGAGGCGGUCGAUGGAGAGGAGCCAGGAGCGGCUGGAGCACACGCUGAGCAACCUCCCCGGGAUGCCGAGGGUGUUCGCGUACGAGAAGCUGAGCAAGGCGACCAAGAACUUCGACGAGCGGCUGCGGCUAGGGAAAGGAGGGUACGGCGAGGUGUACAAGGGCCAGCUCCCCGCCGACAACGCCCAGCCGGAGGGAAUGGAGGUGGCGGUGAAGAAGUUCAUCCGGGAUGACGCCAGAUGCGUCGAUGACUUCCUCGCGGAGGUAGACAUCAUCAACCGGCUGCGCCACAAAAACAUUGUCCCCCUCAUUGGUUGGUGCUACAAGAAAGGGCAGCUGCUGCUGGUGUACGAGUACAUGCCCAAUGGCAGCCUGGACGAGCACCUGUUCCGCCGGGGCGUGCACGAGCAGCGGCCCGUGCUCAGCUGGGAGAACCGCUACGCCAUCGUCGCCGACGUAGCGGCGGGCCUCCACUACGUGCACCACGAGUACACCCGCGUGAUGCUCCACCGGGACAUCAAGGCGAGCAACGUCCUCCUGGACGCGUCCUUCCGCGCGCGGCUCGGGGACUUCGGCCUCGCGCGUGUCAUCGAGCACGACAAGAACUCCUUCACCGACCUCGGCGUCGCCGGCACGCGCGGGUUCAUCGCGCCCGAGUACUCCGUGGGCCACAAGGCCACGCGCCAGACGGACGUCUUCGCGUUCGGCGCGCUCGUGCUCGAGGUCGUCACCGGCCGGUACGCGCUGCUCGGCAACCCGAGGUGCCCGCUGCUGUCGGACUGGGUGUGGCAGAUGCACAGCCGCGGCGCGCUGCUGGGGGCCGUGGACCAGAACCUCGGCACCACGGAGUUCGACCACGACGAGGCCAGCCGGCUGCUCCUCCUCGGCCUGGCGUGCAGCAGCCCGAACCCCGGGGACCGGCCGGCCAUGCCGCAGGUGCUGCAGAUUUUGUCCAAGGCCGAGGCGCCGCCGGAGGUGCCGCUUCUCAAGCCGCCGUUCGUGUGGCCGCCGGAGGGUGGACUGCACUUCGAGCUGAGCGACAUAGAGAUGACCACAAGCGGCACGGGCAACGGCACCUCGACGCUGGCUACGCAUGGCACCGCCUACGGCAGCUUCCUGGCGCCCACGGCGCCAAACAGCGCCGAUGAUUACUUUCCCGCCAUCUCCUCCGGCCGUUGAUGAAGUGUUGGCGUGUGCAGAAACACGCACAAAAUCUGGCCUUAUCUACGCAUUCGGCCAUGAUCGAAACUCGAAAGAACUUACAGAUGAAAUAAUGUAAAUACAAGUCAGAAAGUUUAGUUUUUGUACAGCCAAUUAUUUCAGCGAGCUGUUCAAAACUUAGAAGGG